AUGGACCAAGCUUGGAUCGUAGCUAUGGAUGCCAAUACGAAUCAAAUGGCUGGUACUUGCGCCACUCUGAUGAACGAAAUCAAAGGUUGCUGCCGGGCUCAUGCUGGUCACAAUUCCAGUAGGUUUCCAAUCGACGGUAUUUGGUCCUCGCUGGAUCUUCGCCCGACUGCUGCCUUUUCGUGGCAGCCAGGGGACGGAGAUCACUCUUUAGCUGAAGUCCAUUGGGAAGUCCAAACGCAAAAGCCUGGACGCCAACAGUUCAGGUUUGCUCACACCAGGAAAAUGGCUGAACAGAAUUUUCCUUCUCAGCAGGAAGCUUGGGCUCUCAGCUGUACAUCAGACGAGAGAUGGACAGAGGUGCUCAGCAAUGUGGACCAGGCUUGGCUAGUUUGGUGUCAAGAUAUAGAAACGUGGCUGACCCGCAAUGGUAUUUUAGACCAAGGUCGACCUGAACGGCCACUGGGCUCAGCGCCCAGGGUUCAAACCAGCACUCAUGCUAUGGGCCCUUUGCAGCCCCUUGCUGAGCGGAAGCUCCGUCGCUGGAUUCGGCGUUUGCAAGAAGCUCGGAAGUUCAGUCACCUCGGGUACCAACUCAACCCGGGUUUGCAGAAAAAACUUGAAUCCACCAGGGAUGUGCCUGCUCCUGAAAAGCAGGCGGUCCGUCAAGCAGCUUUCGGUCUGGCAGAACGUUUAGCUCACGGCAGGUUCGCCCAGAUCCUUCAGACAUGUGAAAACAUUGGCCGUUGGCCCACGCAGGUGCGCCCCACUGCCUACCGCAUUUGGGCAGCCAUCAGACUUCAGCACUGCAAAUCUUUUGUGGAGGGUCUUCUGUGUCAAGAUCAGGCUGGGUGCAAUGGGUUAGCAGCGCAGGAUUUGUUACUCACCAUGGAAAACAAGUACCAAGCUCAGGAUUGGCCAUAUGCCAUGGCAUUAGACCUGCAGAAAGCUUUCGAUACCACCGACUGGACCGUGACUGAGGAGGAACAGAAACGUUCUGAUAAAGUGGCACAGGUCGCUCGUCGAAUAGCGCUCCUGCCCACAGCUAAGGCUUUCAGGAACUCGGUUGCAGUCAGCGUCUUGGCGCCCACUGCCUCCUGGGGAGCUCUUUUCAAUGGUCGGUGUCCGACAAAACAGGAAUGCCAGGCCUAUGCUCAGACCUGGCGAUGUGCAGUUCAAGGUUUUGAUCAUCCAGGGGGCCACGACUCUCGUGACCUCACAGCUGUAAUGGCUAUGGGCCACUGUUCUGACCUUUUGUUUCUAAGUACCCAACGGUUUAUGACGGCUCUUCAUAAGUGGGCGCUUCGUCCAAAUCAGAUCGCCAUCAAUUCAGCUCCUAUCAAAGCGUUGCAGGCUGCUGUCCAACGCCUGCAAGGUUCUUGGACUCCCGAGGAACUCAUUGACAAACUUAGGUCCUUUGCACGUUCUGCAAGUGGUGAUCAGGUGGCUGUGCUCUGUGGGGGCAUUACCACUGAUGCUCAUAUUGAGGGCCUCCGAGAAUUUUGUCCGGACUGCCCGGAUGAAAAGAUUGCGCCUUGGCAGGGCCCCCUGUGUGGGGGGCACCGUCCUGUAAGGACCCCUGCGCGCAGCUGUGCUGCGCUCCUUUUCUGGCCGCUACACCGCCUCCGGGUGCCAGUGUGCGGCUUCAGCUUCAACAACACAACAAUGGGAUGGCAUUUUCUAGAUUGUGAUGGAGAUGGUGACAUGGACCUGGUGCGGUCCCGCAAGCACGGGUCCGCAGAUUAUUAUUUGCGACUUCAAGCCUGUGAGCACAAGGAGGAUGGGUCCUUGCACUGCGACGAUGACUUUCGAUGCUUGGGAACCGAUUUUAGCCUUUGGAACCCCAGUGCAUUUGCUGGUUUUGGCAUGGCUGUGGCAAUAGGUGUUGGGUCAGAAGAUGGACGGCUCAAAAUCUUGGCAGCUCAUCAAUCUCAGAGACACCCUGUGCUUUGGACGGCCGGAUUUUGCAAGCCUAGCGACUCAUGCAACCAGAAAGGCACUUGCAUAGCCAGGCAGGUCAACUGUGAAUGCAACCCAGGCUAUGAAUCCAAGGAUUGCUCUCGUUGCGAGCCACAGUACUACACAGCUUCGCUGGAUGGAAGGCACAUGCGUAGCUGCGAGGAAUGUCCUGGGGAGGUCGGAGGCCAAGUUUGCUACGGUCGAGGACGUUGCUUUGAUGAUGAUGUGGCAGCGAAAGCUGUGACAGAGGACCCGCAUCAGAUACUUUUGUCCUGUGAGGCUGACUUCUAUGGUGUAGAUGAGGAUGGCAGGACUACCUGCGUGGAUGGAUUCUGCCCCGCUGGAACUGAAGAGAGGGACGGAGGAUGCUAUCCUUGUGAUGAAGGUUCUUCUUCUCUUGCAGGGCUCCCCUGCACGAAAUGUCCACUUGGAACAUAUUCAGAGGCGGGCAACAGCAGCUGCCUGGAAUGCCCUCCAGGAACUAUUUCCGAUUCUGAAGGGGCUUCAGCGUGUGAUGCAUGUCUUGCAGGAAAAUACGAAGUCAAACGUCAAUCGUGCGCUGACUGCACCGUUGGAACAUUUUCAUUUGCUGGAGACGGUUCAUGUACCAAAUGCUCAGCUGGCACAGUGGCGCCAAAGCAAGGUGGCAGCACAUGUGCUCUUUGCCCACGAGGCAAAUAUUCUCAGGAGGGAAGUGCGAGAUGCGACCCAUGUCCUCGAGGCACGGUUUCUGAAUCAGGCAGUGGAAAUUGCAGCGCAUGUGAUGCAGGUCGUUUUUCCCAAGAUUUGUUAACUUGUGAGCCUUGCCCUGGGGGAACAUUUGCUCCUCGGGGUAGUCCCAAAUGCCAGCAGUGCAGUCAAGGGAAGUAUUCUGGCAUCGGAAGCGAGAGUUGCCGGGAUUGCCCUCCAGGAACCAUAUCCAAUUCUCAAGGGGCUUCAGAGUGUGUUAGAUGUCCCCCAGGAAGGGGAGAAUUCAAUCGGCAGGCUUGCAUUGACUGCCCCGUUGGAACAAUUUCAUUCGGUGGAAACGGUUCAUGUACUAAAUGCUCAGCUGGCACAGUGGCGCCAAAGCAAGGUGGCAGCACAUGCGAUCGUUGUCCAGAAGGCACAUAUUCUGAGGAGGCUGCUGCAAAGUGUACCCCUUGUGAUCCAGGCACUGUUGCAAGUGCAGCCAGCGGAAACUGCAGUGAGUGUACUGCAGGCCGUUUCUCCAAGGACCUGACAACUUGCGAGCAAUGCCCUGCGGGCAAAUAUGCUUCGCUCCGCAGUUUCCAAUGUACCGGGUGUCCCUCGAAUCACGUGGCCAAGCCUGGCAGCGGUAAAUGUGAAAGCUGUGAAAGCAGAAUCAUCCGAUCAACGCCUGAUGCAACCAAGCAGAGCUGCCAGCCCGAAAGCAUGGAUUUGAUUCUUGCAGUGAUCUCCGCAAUUGCAUCUUCAUGUUUCUGCUUCUUGUGCUUGCUUGGAUUCCAUGGUCGAAUUGCCCUUGCUGACAUAUCUGCUCAGGGCGAAAAGAAUGUGAUCACCACCGUCAAUUCGCAUUUCCUGAUGAAAUCUUGGUGCCCACAGGUCACGUUUGCUGGCACUGGAGUUCCCCACUUAGACGGCACCUCUUCGAAAGUGAAGGCCUUAAGUUCAUUCCAAUUGACUUUGCAUGGCAAAAGUGAGAAGCCAUUGGACACCUCCAUGGGGCAUGUCACUGUGAAGUUCCCACGUGCUUAUCUUCAGAUCGGUCUAUGGCGGUGUCCUCUCCUUGGUUGGUGCUUGCUCUUUGGCGCAGCGGCUGCCGCCGCUAUGAUCCAACUCGAGUGGUCCCUGAUAUUGCUGGUUGCUGGUCUGGGCAUUUUGGUUGGGGGUUUGGCCUUCGUUUGGAGACAGAGGCAGGGCCGUUUUGGAAGCCCUUUGUCGAAGCGUCAUCGGCAAUUCCUCCGAGAGUGCCAUUUGCCGCCCAAGCGUUGUGAGCGAGGACCUGAUCGUUCCAUGACUGCUGGACAAUUACAUGAUUUCGUGCAGUGGCCCGGCAGCGUGUUAAGGAUACUUCCGAGCAUUUUCGAGCGGUGGGUGUGGCUUUGGGUAGCAUCGUAG